AUGUUUUCUCGCCACAAACUUCUCAUGUAUAAAGGGCUUCGACUAAGCCGUUCAUUAUCCCUAAUACGAGAAGGAAGUACAAAUCCAACUCUCAGGUCGAAUCUUUUUUCAUCUAAGUCGCUACCAGCUCAAAUCACAAGCAUUCCUCUAAACACAUAUCCUAAUCCGCUUUUUGGGCUUGAAAAGAAUGACAUUUUACGUCUAAGUGGCUCAGAACUACAACAUCUUCUUAAAAUUCCAUACAAAUCGACUUGCGAAACCGACAAAUUCUGUUAUAACGUCAUUGAAAUCAUCCAUGAGAACAUACUCGAGAAUCCAUCUCUUGCAGCCCGAUUCAUCCACACCAUUAAGGAUCCAGAGAUGAAAGAUAUUAUAAUGACAUGCUUGACGCAUUAUUAUGAGUCUGACCGUCUUCGGCGGUCUAUACUUCUUUUCAUGCAGAAUCCUGGAGGGUCGGAAACCAAAAGAGAAAUCUUAUGCAAUAUCGACCAUAUUCUAUCCCGUUAUUCAGAAUCCUCAUCACAGGCAGCCAAUAUGGUGUUAAAUUACUUACGGAAACUUGCACAGACCGGUAGUGUAAACCCUAAUGUCAUAUUGCUUUCAGGUGAACAUGCAUCCCAACUAAUGGCCAAUAUUAACUCGCUGGAUCAAGCAACACUUUUUGCAUGCCUAUUCCACACGAAUAUCAAAUUUAAGGAUAAUCAGAAAUUUGAGCAAUUCAAGAGAAAGCUUCUAGCUGGUUCUCUCAUUGAGAAAACUGUAGCUCGAACAGGAAUAUUAGACGCAAAAUGGCAUGACACGAACCGCUUCAGCUUCAGCGCUGAGCACAAAAGGAAGAUGGUAUAUUACUUUACUUUUAAUGACCUUGUAUUUUUCACCCAGCAUGCCAUCAAGGAGAAGGAUGUGGUCAAUGCGAAUCUUUAUCUUGAUCUUUUGGUGACGAAAUUCGAGAACACGAAGGACGUUUCUAAUCAGCCAAAACAGCUCCAACUUGUUCUCACUAUAUUGCUCAAUCAUUCGAUGAGGUUUAUCGGCCCACAGGAAUGCUUGAAGUUCCUACGUUACAUGGUUGAAUCUAAAAUACAAGUGCGGCCGGCCACACUUCUUCGACUUUUAAUGAGAUUUCGAGAGGAUAAGUGCUAUGAAGAGGCAUUGCUCCUAAUAAACUUUUUGCAUACAACAUCGCUAGACCAGGCUCAGCGCAAACUACUCGUCAAAGAGAUUAUGCUUGUGAUUUCAGCCAAAUUCUCACACCAUCCUAGAAUUGCCAUUGGAUAUUUCGCUUCCCUUUUCAGUGGAGAAAACGACAAGGCACUUAAGUGCCUCCAAGAUUUGGGACUUCUAGAACUUGUAUAUGGUCAAGAUGUUUUCGACACACUGUUCUCUGUCAUCGAAAGGGCGGAUCUUCACGAAGAUUUGAAAGGUUCUGAGUUAACUCAUGAUACCUUGAAGGACAUUUAUUCCAUUGUACUUCGAAACCUUACCCCAGAAAAGAAGAGUGGCCCUCUUGUACAACAAUUGUUCACCCAGUACUUAAAGCAAGUGAAAAAGGCUCAAGAAAAUGAUGACAAAAAAAGUCUUUUCCACCCCAAUGCAAUCGAUGACAGUAUCAUUUCCCUUUUCAUGGACCAUCUUCUUCGACAGAAUCCAUACUCUACUUCAGAUAUGGACUUAAAUUCUGAUAAAUUAAAUUACACAUGCGCAACUAGUAUGUGGAGGGAUUUCUUUGGCCAAGUUGAUCUCUCAAGAAACCAACGUAAACCCUACUUGGUGGAUUUGAUGAUAUCAGCUUGUUUGCUUAAGCAUCGCGAUCUUUCAUUUGCAGGCUACGUCAUGAAGCAGUCUCGUCAAAUCGGGCUUCCACUCUCUUUUAACCAAUUAUUCCCUUUUAUUAUGUUUCAUUAUUCGAACGGCGACUACAACAAGGCACAUCAGUGGUACUUGCUUUUACUUCAAAAUGGCGUGAAAUCAAAGUCCAUUGCGGCUAAGAAGCUUUUCGAAAUUGCCAGAGAAUUAAAGUGGGACGUGAAAGGCACAUACUAUAGAAGUUCAAGUUACGCCAGAAACAAACGAGCUAAAAAAGAGUUGGCGAAGUUGGCCACAACCCAAUCGAACUAUUCAAAGACCAAGAAUGUCGCUCAUAAACCUGCACACGAUCCUAAUCUUUUCGACGAGUUGGGAGCAUUACUCAACGCUAUUCCUAAAAAUGAAGGAUGA